AUGACAAACAAUAAAACACAUUGUUUCACAUGUAAUAAAGAUAAAAUAACAUAUCUUUGUGAAGGAUGUUUGAAGAACUUUUGUUUAAUGGAUUUAACCAAACAUCGUCAAAUAUUAAAUGAAGAACUACAUCGUAUUAUUACUGAUUAUAAUCAAUUUAAACAAACAUUUAAUGAACAAAAACCGAAUCCACAUGAUCUUUUUUUAAUAGAUCAAAUUAAUCAAUGGAAAAUAGAUUCAAUUGAGAAAAUUCAACAGAAAGCAAAAGAUUGCAUAGAAAUUGUCAUUAAAUCAUCACAAACAUUUUUCAAUGAUAUUAAAAUGAAAUUUAAUGAUUUAAAUAAACAAUUAAAACAAAUUCACAAUGAAAAUGAAUUUAAUGAGAUUAAUUUAAAUUAUUUAAGAAAUCAAUUAAUAAAAAUUAGAGAAGAAUUGAAUAAUCCACCAAAGACUUCUAUUCAACAAGAUUCUCAUCCAUUUAUUAAUGAAAUUUCAAUUAUUUCAUUAAAAAAAAAACCAAAAUUCAACAAAUGGAAACAAAAUGGCAUCACUGUGGCUGGUAGAAAUAGACAAGGACAAGAAUUAAACCAACUCAAUCGUCCCCAUGGCAUCUCUAUUGAUAAAAAGAAAAAUAUUUUCAUUGCUGAUUGGUUGAAUCAUCGUAUUGUUGAAUGGAAACAAAAUGCAGAAGAAGGACAAAUCAUUGCAGGUGGAAAUAAACAAGAAAAUCGAAUAAAUCAUUUGAAUUCUCCAACAGAUGUGAUUGUUGAUCAACAAAAUCAUUCCAUUAUCAUUGCGGAUUCUGGAAACAGACGAGUGAUUCAAUGGAUGAAUCAAAAGCAACAAAUUCUCAUUCACAAUAUUCACUGUCAUGGCUUGGCAAUGGAUAAACAUGGAUUUCUUUAUGUCUCUGAUAGUGAGAAGAAUGAAGUGAGACGAUGGAAAAUGGGAGAAUACAACAGUGAAGGAAUUGUAGUGGCCGGUGGAAAUGGCAGAGGAAAUCAACUCAAUCAAUUUAAUUCUCCUACUUUUAUCUUUGUUGAUGAACAUCAAUCUGUUUAUGUAUCAGAUCAACACAAUCAUCGUGUGAUGAAAUGGAGAAAAGAUGCUAAAGAAGGAAGAAUUGUCGCUGGUGGCAAUGGUUAUAGAAGAAAUCUCAAUCAAUUAUCUAGACCUCAAGGAGUAAUUGUUGAUCAUUUCGGUCACAUCUAUGUCGCAGAUGGUGGAAAUCAUCGAGUAAUGCGUUGGUGUGAAGGAAAAGAAGAAGGUGAAGUUGUUGUUGGUGAAAAUGGUUUAGGAAAUCGAUCAAACCAAUUGUAUCUUCCCUGUGGUUUAUCUUUUGAUGAUGAUGGAAAUCUUUAUGUUGCUGAUUCGGGAAAUUAUCGAAUUCAAAAAUUUCAAAUAAUUCUGUGA